CUUAAACCACGGGUCUCCUCCUCGGACACACCCAUGAUCACCAAUAAUCAUUAUUUUCUCCCUCUUUCCCUCUUAACUAAUUGUCUGCUAAUCAAAAAGAUCAUCAUCAAAUAUUAUAAACCUAAAAUCUAACCAUUCAGUGAUCAAAGGAUCUCAACAAAGAGAGAGAGAGAGAGAGAGAGAGAGGAGCAUGGAGACGGAGGAGGAGAAGGGGAGUAGUAUAAGCAUGGUGGAGGCAAAGUUGCCCCCAGGAUUCAGAUUUCACCCAAAGGACGACGAGCUUGUCUGCGAUUACUUGAUGGCACGAUCGCUUGGUCACAAUACUAAACAACCUCCUCCACUCCUCUUGAUCCAAGUCGAUCUCAACAAGUGCGAGCCUUGGGACAUCCCCAAAGCGGCAUGCGUGGGUGGCAAGGAUUGGUAUUUCUACAGCCAGAGAGAUAGGAAAUACGCGACUGGCCUGAGAACAAACAGAGCAACGGCCACCGGAUACUGGAAAGCCACAGGGAAAGACAGAGCCAUUCUAAGAAAGGGAAAGCUUGUUGGGAUGAGGAAGACAUUGGUGUUUUAUCAAGGUCGAGCUCCCCGUGGUCGUAAAACUGAUUGGGUCAUGCACGAGUUUCGUCUCCAGGGUUCCUUUGAUCCUCCUAAUCUGAACUCUCCAGAGGUACAGGAGGAAGACUGGGUCCUGUGUAGAGUGUUCCACAAGAAAACAGAAGGACUUUUAAGUAGAGACAACAUGGGAAGCUGUUUUGACGAGACAGUCUCCGCUUCUCUUCCUCCACUGAUGGAUUCUUACAUCAACUUUGACCAAGAACCCUCUUCUUACCUCGGUGAUGAUCAGCACUUCAUCACCAGUGAGCAAGUGCCCUGCUUCUCCAAUUUGUCACAGAACCAAACCCUAACCAACCCAGUCUCUGAAUUCAAGACUCCUUGCAAGAACAACCCUAUCCCCUUGUUCACUAGUGGUUCAGCCCCCGCCACCCUCCCAGGGCUAGACUCGUUCUGUUCUUCAGAUCAGAUGGUUCUCAGAGCUCUGCUGAGCCAGCUCACUAAGAUCGAUGGAAGCAUCGGGGCUAAAGAAUCACAAAGUUAUGGGGAAGGUACCUCCGAGAGCCUCUUGACCGACAUUGGCAUUCCAAGCACUGCUUGGAAUUGAUGACAUUAUUAGUCAUUAUUGCUAUAUUCAUAUUCAUGAUUGGAACUAUUCCUCAAGGGUGCGUGUCUGAUUGUACAAACAUUUCCCUCACUCUUGUUACAACUCAUGUAAAAUACCACUUAAGACAUUAUUAUACAUAAGAAUUUCAUCAGAUAGUUCAUUUCUUUCGGUGUAACUAUUAAACAAAAAUACUAUAUAUGAGACAUCAAUACCAGUGAACAUGAUGGAAUAAUUGAUUGUACAGCCAAGGGCCAAGGGUACUGCUCCCAGCAGAACUUGUGAACAAAAUCAAUGUUUACUAAUAGCUGAUUAAUAAUUAAAAAAGACAUGUGGGCUGAUACCAUUGUGUGUUGUUAAAGCUUUACUAGUUGUCAUGAUCUUAUAUUUGGUCUACUAAUUUUUGUAACUUUAAAUCUUAUGCAGAAUUAAGAAAACAAAGCAGAAAAUGAAUGAAAACUUGUAUCUUAAUUAAUGUAUUUUCUUUAUCUUAUUAGUAUGUAUUAGUCUGUCUUGUACUAUGCAUCAGUUGUAAUAGAUUUACGGUAGUAACUUGUGAGAUUUGGUUUCCUUGUAUAUAUAUAUAUAUAUCUAUCUAUAUACAUAAAGUAGAGUUUUCUCUCACCUCCUGCUGCCACAUCAGCAUGGAAGAAGAGGCUUUUACAGACACGUGGCAUACUCAUCACCUCCCGUCGUUGUUAAUCUCUCUUUCUGAUCCUAUUUCUUGCCUUUCCAAAUACCCUAAUAAGUUUGUUUCCGUAGACGAUCCUCCUCCCAAAAUUUAUUUGAUAACAGUUUCUCGUCGUCUCCUCUCUAUUUUAAAGGCAAACUUGGAACUCUUUUUCUUAUGAUCUCUGAUAUUUGUUACGAUAAUAAUGAUUAGUGGAUUUGUGAAGCGGCCCGAAGGCAAAGGAUCAGAGUUCAGCUAUAAAGUUGUCUCUGGCAAAUAAGAAUCAGGCGGUUGCUGCUGUGGCGGAAGAUUCAACGGAGGAUUCCGACAUCAUCUGAAGGUUGUUCAGAAGUGGCAAAAGUGUAUUACUUGAUGCAGAUAUUACGAUUGAUAAAAUCGGCCUCAACCUCCGCAGCUGCAUCAGACGCGAGUUCAACCACCCAAGGAUGAAACUCCAUCGCCCCAAUUGAGUCCAGAAGAGACUGGAGAAGAGCAAGGACCCAGCUUUCCCACGGUGAAGCUGAAGGAAACGGUGUAAGGGGAAGAGGCGGUGAAAGGGUUGGGACUUCAGAGAAUAAAACGGAAGAUGAAGCUGAACAAGAGGCUUUGAGUAUAUUCCUUGGAGAUUCUGCAGACGGAGAGAAAUUUGCAAAAGACCCAAGAUUUUAAAUGAGUUAGCAGAAGGAUAUGAGGGUAUCUGAAAAAGGCUUUCAGCUUUGCCUUCUACUGCUCAGUGCUCAUGAUGCCUCCGUACUAAUCUCAUGAUUGAGUGUGAGCCAAGCAUAUUUGAUGCCUGAAUUUGGAGCGAACACUUUAACUAAUAAACAGUGAUGAGUAUCUAGAUCUUAUAUUCUUAUCACAACUAUUGUCACCAAGAGAAUUGCUAGAGUUACAAAUUGUCGUGUGCAUGCUCGAGGAGUGGCCGUUAAGUCAAGUGAGUGGUUUUUGUUAUUGAUUGCUCUAAACCAGCUGAUGAUACGAACAUGGAUUUCUCCACGCUUGAGAAGUUUCUUCAGGAACAAAUCAAAGUCGGCGCCAAGCCGGAACUCUUAGUGACACCGUUUCCAUUAUGCGAGAGAGACAAAGGCAAGAUCACCGUUAUCGUCAUCACCGCUCCCAACCUCUCCAAAUGGUACAUCACGAUUUUCAUUUUGAGGAACUUCCAAGUAUCUGACCAGAUAUAUUUGAGAAAGUACAAUCUCCAUGAUUGGCUUUGCGUGAUUGCGUUGAACAACGACAAGGACCGGUAAGACCUAAGAUACUUAAGCAUGUACAAGCUAAGAUAUACUUAAACAUGUACAAGCUAAGAAAUUUCAACCUAUAUAAUGAGUUUUCUUUCUUAGUUUUCUUCCAGUGCCAAGGAAUAAAUGCUUGGCGUUCUUCCUCUGUUUUCUUAAAAGAAUAGGUCGGAUCUGUUUAAGAAGUUGCAGAAGAAAAAAGCAUUUUCCAUGAUGUAUAAAGAGAGAAGAGCAGCAACUACUAGCUUAAUCUCCAUGUAUUGUCAAACGGACUGUAAAAAAGACGUUUGCUUGGUUCCGUAAGCAGAUGUUAGUCUCAGGUUCCGCCCUGCAGGGAUUGAUAUAGUAACCGGUUGGGGUAGACAUUUUAGAGUUACUGCUACAGAAAUUGUGAGACAAACCGUUGAAGAGCUGCUCUACAUCUUUGGCUCAGCGUUUUUCAUGGAGAUUGAAAACUCAGAUUGUUUAGUUGUAUGUGGUGAGUCUCUGAUUGCUUUAGUCUAACGUUGAUAGGAUGCAUUUGCUGUGAGUUUUGUUUGUUUCUCAUUUUUUACUUUUUACAAAGUAUUACCUACUACCCAGUGUUGUACCUGAAGCUCUUUAUUAGUCUUCACAAGCCAUUUUAGAUCA